ACAGUACAUACGUGCACCGGACGUCAUCUCAAUUCCAGGGCAACUCCCUGACCUGCGCCUGCAACUUUGACUUGCACCUGCACCAGCCCCUGGAAAUAGAGCUCCCUCCACCUCUUCGAACAUUUCCAGUUUGAUAUUAUGAACUCGGCCAAGUGAAUGUGACCGAUACGAAAGAUGUGGAUUCUACCGCUGCUUGGAUAUGUUGGCUCCAUCGUGGGCUUUUGCUUCAUGACGCUGGCCAUAGCGUCGGGGCUUUACUACCUUUCUGAGCUCGUCGAGGAACAUACCGUCAUCGCGAAACGCUUCCUCACCAGGCUCAUCUACUCCAUCAUGGCGUUGCAGCUCCUGCUCUGCGUCGUCGACAGGUUCCCUUUUCUCCCGACGGCACUGGGGAUCUUCUCCCAUUUUAUCUACUUGGGAAAUAUGCGGCGGUUCCCCUUUGUCAAGCUCACGGAUCCCUUAUUUUUAACGUCAUGCGUCCUCGUCUUGAUCAACCACUAUGUCUGGUUCAGGCACUUCUCCCACCACCAGGAACGCGCCUACGAGAGCAUGACCUCGUAUUACGACACGCCCAGCGACAUUCCCACCUUCACCGAGAUCGCUUCUUACUUUGGCCUGUGCGUCUGGUUGGUCCCUUUCUCCCUGUUUGUCAGCCUAUCAGCGAGCGACAACAUCCUACCGACCAUGGGCAACGAGCCGUCAACGCCCUCAAUGGCUACUGGAGGUAUUGACGGCGGGAACGCUCGAAGACGGGGUCAGGGGAUGGCGAAGGCUCUGGUCGAUAACAUUCGGGGGGCAAUUGCAGAAACAACUGCCUUAUUUGGGGGGAAAAGACCGGAUGAUCGACUUUGAACAGGUACUGAACUUGGUGUAAAAUUAUGUUUCGGGUAUGAAGGAGGCGUUCAUGGAAAACGAUAUGUGACGUAGCGGUAAUGACAGUUUAGUAAGUCUACCGCACUCGCCGUCUUACGAUGCAUUCCCGCCUUCUCGCUGAUCCGAUACAAGAAAGGCGGAGAGAGUAACCUAACCGACCAUACAGCUCAAGGCGCAAAAAGCAAAGUAUCUGAAGCCAAGAACGAACUCAAGCCCUCAACCUUCCUUACCACUAUGCCCCCCUCCCCGACCACCAUCGCCACCCACUACCCCCGGACGAACCUAC